AUGAACGGACAAGCAUCCAAUACACAACCUAAUAUUGAGGCUCUAACUCAACGUUUGCAAUUCUAUGAGAAGGCUAUUCUAGCCUUGAUGUCAAACUCAAAGAAAGGUUCAAGAAUGAGAAGAAUUGAAGAUGAAUUGUUGGGAAAGGAAUCCCUCGAAGAUCAUACUAUUGAGGCCAUCCUUUCUUCAUCCGAUCAAAAAAAACAAGAGAAGAAACAAAAAGCAGAAAUGGAGAAGCAGAAAAUUUUGGAAGAGCAAAAACAUGACCAAGAAGAAGAGAGACAAUACCGAUGCAACCCUCAUUUGAGACAGAAAGUUAUGACACAUACAGGCGUUAAGAAGGCUUCAAAAACUCUGGACCAGCUGAUUAUGUUAUCUUUACUUGGAGGUGUGUUCAUUGGGUUUGGUUCAAUAGCUGCAUUGAAAACUGGAGGUAAUAUGCCAGGCUUGGAAAAGGAAAAUCCUGGUUUGACCAAGUUAAUUUUUUCUGGAGUUUUUACAGUGGGAUUGACAUUGGUGAUCAUUACAGGAGCUGAACUUUUCACUGGUAAUACAAUGACCAUGAUGGCAGCAAUAUUGAGAGGAAAAGUGAAUCCAUGGGAUGUUGUUAGAAGUUGGGUUGUGUCACUAGUUUUUAACUUGAUCGGUGCUUGGGCUGUUGCUUAUUUCUUAAUGUUUUUGCCAACACCACAACAUGAUAUUGAAGAAGAAACACAGGCUGGAUAUGUCAAUUAUGCCAUUCAUCUUGCAGAGAAAAAAGCUUUCCGUGACUUUUGGGGAAAUUUUGUUUUAGCCAUUGGUUGUAAUUGGCUUGUAUGUUUGGCAGUGUAUACCACCUAUGGUACGAGUAGAAUAAUGGAUAAGCUUAUUGGGUUGUUUUUACCAAUUCUUGCUUUCGUCUCUUCUGGAUUUGAGCACUCAAUUGCGAAUGGAUUCUUUAUUCCACUUGCCAUGAUGUAUGGCUCACCAAUAACAAUGUACGAUUUUUUGAUUGGCAACAUGUUUCCUGUUGUGUUAGGAAACACAGUUGGAGGAGGCGUGUUUGUUGGUAUGGUAUUUUGGUGGGUUCAUGGCAAGCGACAAGAACGUAAACAUAUUCUGGAUGAGUGGUUCCUGGACAAACUAAAGGCAAAGAUUGCGUCACCUUUCGUACACGUCUAUGAAAAGUUCCAAGAGAAAUGGAAUGAAUAUCUUGACCUCAGAAGAAUUAACAAGUUGAUUAAACUUCAAGAACGAGAGGAGCGUGCGGCGAGAAUGAGGGUUGUCUCUGAAUUUGAUGAUGCAGAAGAUAUGAUUGCUUAA